UACAUAACAUUAACAUGUCCUUCACUCGCUCAGAAUUUUACCCCAAGUCGCUGUACAAUCCCACAACCGCGGACAACUCAAUCCCUGAACCAUGUGGCGCGGUGAGCUGGACCAACGCGCUGGAGUCCAUCAUCACGCCGGACUUCUUCUUGCGACAGACCAACAGACACACGCCCAAAGAGCAGUACUUUUUCUUCAGAAACUUUACCAUAGAAAACCAUACGAGCGAGAUCUCCAUACCGCGCUAUUUCCGGAAGUGCCUGAAUAUCACGGCGGAGCAUCUGGAUAUAACGACGCUAAUGACGAUGAAUCACAGCGUUUUCAAUGAUCUUCAGUGUCCAAUACCCGAGCCGCAUUUCUGGGACCGAAAUAAGUGGCAUACUGCUUUGGCAAGCUACAUGGGUUCUGGAAACACGUGGGUGCGACACCUGAUAGAAACCAUGUCGGGUGUUUUAACAGGCAGUCUGUAUAAUGAUCGUCAGCUGUUGACCGCCUUUGAAGGCGAAGGCCAGACGGAGCGCGUGAUUGUCAUCAAAACGCACGAGCUCGCUAUGCGCCAUAAUCAUAUGUUCAACCGCGCGGUAUUGCUGGUUCGAAACCCCUACGAUACCAUACUGGCCUGGUACAAUUUCGAACGUUCCAAGUCCCACACGGGGUAUAUGGACAGAGUAGAUUUUGUGAAAAGAGAUUGGAUACAAUUUAUUCUAAGUGUAGUCUUGGGUUGGAGAAGAUUUAUUGAAAGCUGGGUGCUUGAUUUCCACGGGCCAGUUUUCCUUCUAUCAUAUAAACGACUACAAACCGAUUUCUUUAACGAAAUCAUCCGAUUGGCGCUAUUUUGAGACAUUCCACUAACGUUCGGCCGACUUCGGUGUUUGCACCGCGAAAGCGAGGGUGGUUACCAUAGAGAUAAGCCAAGUUGGAUGACGCGGGAAAAUGUGUUCACGAUUCCUUCUGAGGAAGUGAUAGAAAAGGAACUCCAGUUGGUUAGGAAAGUUAUAUGGACAGCAUUCAAUAUUACGUUGGAUGAUUUAAAAUGACUUUCCACCGACCAUUAUAUUUUUAUUCAAUUUACAAAUCUAUAAUAAAAUACAAGAAU